AUGAAGGUGAAGAGGUACAAACACGCCCGCAAGUACCUGGGCUUCUACAAGCACAACUUCAACUUCCGAGAGCCUCACCAGGUCCUCAUAGAUGGAACCUUCACGCACAUGGCUCUCCAAAACAAGAUUAACAUCAAGGAACAGCUGCCUAAAUAUUUAGGAGGUGAAGUGCAGUUAAUAACGACAAACUGCAUCCUGAAGGAGGCUGAAUCCUUAGGCAAGGCGGUGUACGGAGCUUACAUCAUCCUCAAGAGGUACCAGGUGAGAAGAUGCGGCCACAAGGACAGUCCAGUCUCCGCCCAUAAGUGUGUGAUGAGCAUGUUGGCAGACUCGAACAAGAACCACUACUUUGUUGCUACACAGGAUCCAGAUCUGAGUGCAUCGGUCAACGGAACCCCCGGAGCUCCACUUCUGUACCUCCAUUUCAGCGCAAUAGUCCUAGAGAAACCCUCGGUGACCUCUACUGCAGCCGCCUCCUCAAUGACGUCUAAGAAAAUUAACCCUUCCGAGUUCGAGAAGAGCGCUUUGAAAAAACUCGAAGGGGAGGGUGGGAAGGAUAACGAAAAGAAGAAGAGAAAGAAGCGGAGAGGACCCAAGCAGCCGAACCCGCUCUCGGUGAAGAAGAAGAAGAAGAAGAAGAGUACUGAGCAGUCAUCAGCUGUGACAAAAGAGACAGAAGGAAAGAAAAAGAGGAGAAAGAGGAAGAGGGUGAAGAUAUCAUCGCAUGUGAAUGGGCAAAGUGAAGCCCAGCAAGACUCUGUGUCAUGACACGCUCACUCGCAGUGAAAAAGAGAGAGUACAGAAGGAUGUCUGAUUCAAGACGAAAGAAGGAAAGAAGAAAAGGCGGAGGAAGAGAGUGGAGAUGGCGUCUUUUGUGAAGGAGCAAAUUCAAGGUCACCAAGCAUUCACCUAGCGACAUAAUCACUCUUCACACCAAUGAAAAGAAGGGUACUUCAGUAUUGUCGGAUGUUACUCUACAGAAAGACAGAUGGAAAGAUCAAAACAAAGAGGAAAAAAGAUGGCGUCUGCUGUGAAGGAGCAAAUUCUUGCUCACCAAGCCUCUGUGUAGCGAAACAAUCACUCAGUGAAAAUAGGAAGUAUAAAGAGAGAUCCUCAGCUGUUCGUGUUUACUGGUAGAAAGGUCAUUCCAUGUAUGUCAAAUCACUCGCGGAGCUGCCAACUAGUACGGAUUUCCCGUAAUUGGUAUGGAAAUUAACGAUCAUUAGGGCAGUAAGGAAUGUUGUCUAAAAUUAC